UCCAAUCUCUUACUGGGCUUCUAUAGGUCCUGUUGCAGCCUCUGGUAACAGCAGCGCUGGUGGUGGAGGCGAUUAGAGCUGGUGACUCAGCAUGCGGUGCGCGAGCCCAGCUGCCGUGGUGGUAUUUUGCGCUGGGCUGUGGGUCUCUAACCCGGUGCCGGCCCAGAGCCAGGAGGCUUGGGGGCGGCCGGACACUGACUGUGAAGUGUGUAAAGAAUUCUUGAACCGAUUCUACAACUCCUUGAUAGCCAGAGGAGUUCAUUUUUCACUGGACACUAUAGAAAAGGAAUUGAUCAGCUUUUGCUUGGAUGCCAAAGGAAAAGAAAAUCGCCUGUGCUAUUAUCUCGGAGCCACAAAAGAUGCUGCCACCAAAAUCCUGAGUGAAGUCACACGCCCCAUGAGCGUACAUAUGCCUGCAAUGAAGAUAUGUCAGAAGUUGAAGAAAAUGGACAGCCAGAUCUGUGAGCUGAAAUAUGAAAAGAACUUGGACUUGGCAUCUGUGGACCUGCAGAAAAUGAGAGUGGCAGAGCUGAAACAGAUACUGCACAGCUGGGGUGAGGAGUGCAGGGCCUGUGCAGAGAAAACCGACUAUGUGAAUCUGAUCAAAGAACUGGCACCCAAAUACACAGCAAUGCACCCCAGACCUGAACUCUGAUGGAUACCAGUACACUGUGAAUUGUAAUUAGAGGGAAAAUGACUCUUGAGGACAAAGACAUGUUGGUUAAAGAUAACUAGGAAUUGCAUUGUGUUAUGUCUCAGACUUUUUGGUCCUAAUAUUAUACAUCAGAAUUUGGUUAUUUAGGCUUAUAACUAAAAUUACUAAUAUCAUUGGCAUCUUACAAAUGUACCAGAACCUAAAAGUGCCUUUUGCAUCAUUUUCUUGGAAGAACAGUGUAAGUUGUUGUUGCCUACUUCUAAAAUUGGGGGAAAUGAACCAAAAGUUGAUGGAGUAAGUUGAUUAUAAGGGCGAAGGGAGUGCUCACGGGCUUCUCUUUGUACAAGAUUUUUAAAUUAAAUACAUUGUACUAGCACAAAAGAAACAAUAGCUAGCUUAUCUGACACACUACUUCAACCGUAAAUAAUUGAACAUAAUCAAAAGGUAUUUUUUUCAACAUAAAGUACACUUUCUAUUUUCAACUGCAAAUCACAUACAUUCUGGAUCCUUGGUAUCAGAAUGGUAGUGCAGGUCUGCAGGAAGAGUGUUUCCCAUCUGAGGUAAGUAUACUUAAACCUUCUUUAAAAAAAUAGAUCAAGACUCCAUCUAAGGAUAGCCAGUGUUUUGGCAAGUUGUAAUUGUGCUUGACUUGCUAAGUGACCCAAGCUCAAGGUCUUUUUCAUUGUUUAUUUUAUUGCACAUCGGACAAAUUUUGAUAGAGGAUUAAAGCAUAUUAAGAGUACCUGCAGACAGCAUGGAACUUUAUGGUGCUUAAUGCUAUUUUACCAGGUUUAAAUUGUAAAUCAUGCUCAGUUCUAUUUACCCACCACAGAAGGAAGAGAAACCCAUGGUAGAUGUGUUUGCCUUUGCAUGGUGGAUGGAGGUGGGGAAUGACUCAAGAGCAGGGUUCCCGGAACUUUCUAGGGUAAUGGGAAUGUCCUACAUCUAGGUUGCGGUGGUCAUGAAUGUGAUUGUCACACUCCUCGAGUAGUAUAAUUAAGAUCUAAAUAUUUUGUGUAUGUAAAUUGUAUGUAAAAACUGCCCUAAGUCAGGUGCUGUGUGGCAAACUUAAAAUCCUACCAACUUGGGAGGCUGAGACAGAGGAUUACAAGACCAGUCUCAGUAACUUAGUGAGACCCUAAGCAAUUUAGCAAGACCUUGUCUCAAAAUAAAAAAUAAAAAAGGCUGGGGAUGUAGCUCAGUGGUAAAGUACCUCUGGGUUUAAUCCCCGGUACCAAAAUAUUAAAAAUUUUAAAAAAGUUCUAAAAUUAUUUGAAAAUUACCUAAAAUCAAUCAAUUCAAAACACCUUGUUUAUUUAGAGAAUUGCAUUUACUGACCGGCAGACAUUUUGGGGAGUGGAGGAGAAAUUUUUCAGACUGAAAGUAUACAUUGAAAGUAUAAGGUUUACCUUUUUUUUUUUUUUAAUUAAUUAAUUUAUUUAUUUAUUUUUUGCGGUACUGGGGAUCGAAUUCAGGGCCUUGUGCUUGCGAGGCAAGCACUCUACUAGCUGAGCUAUCUCCCCAGCCCAAGGUUUACCUUUUAAAUGCUACAGAGGUAAAUGACUUUUCAGCUGAGUGAUCAGGAUGGAACUAAACUUGUUACAGAAUUAGUGGUUCCUAUGGAGACACAUUUAUUAUGUAACUGAAAAAUGAAAAUAAAAAACUUUGGCCCGAAGUAGUUAUUGUUCCUGGAUUUCAUCAGCUAUCUUAUUGUCAUGUGUAAAGAAUCUACUUUAUUUUGAAUUCUACCUUUAAAAAGCCCACAGUUAGUUUUUAAAAAACUUGUUAUAGACUUGUUUGUUUUUAUUUUUGCAUUGUGAGCUUACCAUGAAACUUGCCUCAAAAUUAGGUCGUAUUUCUAUGUCAUUUUUUCAGGAUAUAAAUCUAGGUAAUAAGAACACCGCUCAGCAGGUCAUCCCCAUCAAUGAUGGGUAGUCUAGUUUUCAAAGACGGUUUAUAUCAGUGCUUCUCAAACUGCUUAAACUGCACAUUCAGUGACUCUGGGGUGGGAUCUGAUCAUUUUUAAGAAACCCUGAGAUGUAUGUGCAGCUCUUUUAGGAGCCACACUUGAGUGCCAAGGGCCCAAGUCAUGAUCUUUGGAUUCAUGUAAUUUUUCCUUUUGCCAGUCUCAAUUAGUUAGAUUUUUGAUAGAGCUAAAUAUAUCAAAAACAACAACAAAAUGAAUGAGAAUUUCUUCUUUCAUGUUGAAGCAGAGGAGCUAGUUUGACUAGUUCAUUAGGAGGGACUCAACUUCAAUCAUUUUGCUUUACAUUCUAGUGGCAGGUGUCAUUUUUUUGUGUGUGUGUGUAAUCAUAAAUUUACAUAGGGUAAUGUUGUUUGAUUCAUUCUGUUAUUUUUUCC